AUGGACUGGAAGAAGAUGUGCAAAGUGCCGCAAGCCGCGCCAGGGCACGGUGCCAUGCCCGCCCACGUCGCGGCCCGACACGUCAGCAAGACACCUCUCGACAUGGUGCAACGGAUGGCAAGCCAAGGCAUCAAAACGGUGAGCUCGUUCCCGGCCCUGGACGCGUUCAAGUUUGCCCAAGGCGGCGUCGGUAGUCGAUUGGCAGCCAACGCCAAGCUCUUUUCCGCGGACACAUUUUGCUCGUAUGGCUUCACCGCUUCGAAAAGCGCGGCAAAAAAGUUGCUCGCGGCGUACCCCGACGCCAUCCAGUGGACGAUCGACAUCCUCGCCGAAUUCAAUGUCGACUUUUUCAUCACGAAAGACGUCGUGUACAUACAAGGCGCAAAAACUUUACCUCGCCAAGACGCGCUCCACCACCUCGGCAUCGACCGCCUCUGCGACGCCUCAAGCAGUGCCAAAUGGCCGGGCGUCAAGAGUGCGAUCAAGUACGACAUCGUCACCAUUAAGAACCAAGAGAUGGUCGUCAAGGCGCCCGGGAAGCUGGCCAAGACUAUCUCGUACGGCCUCUUGAUUAUGUCGCUCGUCGUCGAUACGGCAUACUUUGUCAUUGCCUAUGCCGCUGCUGAGAACAAGCUUGACCCGUGCAUCGACUAUGGCAUUCAAAUUAGCGCCACGCUCGGCGGGUUUGCGGCCGCCAACGCUAUCGCUGUCUACACCUCGGCCACUCUCGGGUACGGUAAGCUCGUCUCGAGCCUCGCGUCGGGCGGAGUCGGCUUCGUAAUCACCGGCGUCGCCAUCGGCGCGAAAUUUCUCGUCCCGUUGACUUUGCAGUGGGCGCGGGGGCCACGGACUGUGUACCACUUUUCGCUCGUGGCUGAAGACAUGAUCGAGAUGUACACGGAAGACGACGUCUUUGAUGAGACGAGCAGUGUGUGCGACGUCGACGUCCUAACGGACCAAUGCCUCGAGUUCAACGAGGCGGACAUGUACACCCAGGACGACUACUUUUGA